AUGCCCUAUCCCGAAAGCCAGAACCAAGAAGAAGAAGGCCUGGUAGGCUCUUCGCAGCGGGGUCCCAUCAAGGAGAUCCUCGAGCAACUAUGGGAGCUGAACCCUCUAGCCCGCAAGAAGAACCCGGCUUCUAAAGCCACCCUUCGGUCCAUUCCGAAGACCACCCCGCAAAGACAACGGGAAUCCGCGUUGGCGCAGUCCCUCGAAAGCGACACCCACCUCCUCGAACACCUCCCACAGACCCUGCUCUCGCAGCAUGAUGCCCGUCGCGACGCCCCUGAGAAGACCGUCCUCUACCUCGCCUACGGAUCGAACCUGGCCGCCGAGACGUUCCUGGGCAUGCGCGGUAUCAAACCGCUGUCGCAGAUCAACGUGGUCGUUCCGUCGCUGCGGUUGACCUUCGAUCUACCCGGCGUGCCGUACGUGGAACCAUGUUUCGCUGCGACGCAGUUCCGCAACCAACCCCGCGACGACGCGGACGAGGACCUCGACGAGAAGGCGCUCGCAUCGGAGAACGCACCGCUGCUGUCGUCGCAGAACACGCAGGCUGACAGGCCUCUCAUAGGCGUCGUCUACGAAGUCACGCUGGAAGACUAUGCCACCAUCAUCGCCACCGAGGGCGGCGGCCGCGGGUACAAGGAUAUCGUGGUCGACUGCUACCCGUUUCCUGACGGCUGA